AUGGAGAGUCUCCUGACGACGCAGACGGUGGCUCAACGGUUCGAAUACCCACACAAUUGGGUUGCUGAACCACAGAAAAGGGUCGAUCUACCGCUGUUUGAAGGUCAGAAUCCUGACGAUUGGCUUUUCCGGAUGAAGAAAGGGUUUUCCAUGAACCAAACACCUGAGUAUGAAAAGAUUGAUGAAGCGGUUGCUUGUCUGACUGGUUCGGGGAUCACUUGGUGGAGAAAAUCUCAGGAACGGUUGUGUAUUACUACUUGGAAGGACUUCCGGGACAAGUUCAAGGAACGGUUCAAACCUAGUAGGGGUUGUUCGGCUUUGGAUCGGUUCGAGGAGUUUUCAGUGGAGUUACCACAAAUCACUUAUGAUGUGUUGGAGUCCGCCUUCUUGCAGGGAUUGAAGAAGAGCUUGUGGGAUCCGGUGCUUCGUAGUCGACCAGUGGACAUGAAUGCCAUGUUCGAUAUGGCUCGCAUGGUGGAGUUUCAGGAGAGCGAAAACUCGGGACAUUGUGGAGAGAGAUGGUUCAGUGGACAUCGAUGCAGGCAACAACAGUUGAAAUGCCUGGAGGUUGACGAAGGAGAGGAUACACCUGAGCUUGUGAUGGAGGUCCAGAAUGCGGUGCAUAACCAGGAGGAGCUUGGGGAUGAACCUGAGAUGGUGACGGAGAUAAUUGGGUCGAUGCGUAUGCUGGGAACGAUCAAUGGUAAACAGGAGUUGGGGUUGAAGGUUUUGGAAAAUAAAAGUUUUGGUGUGCGAAUUGCUGGGGGUCAGAUCGUCAGAGGUAGAGGCAAGUGUUCUGGUUUGGUGUUGGACAUUCAGGAGGUUGUCAUCAUCGAAGACUUCCUGCUGUUUGACUUGGGCCACACUGACAUCAUAUUGGGAUACUCUUGGUUAACCACUCUUGGUGAUACCAGAACAAACUGGAGAUUGCAACGACUUGGUUGGCAGAUUGGAGCCUUAUGGGUCAUCAUCGUAGGUGAUCCUUCCUUGAGCAAGGCACAAGUUUCGAUUAACUCCAUGGAUAGGAUGGUUCGUAGAAAAGGAGUGGCAUACAUGUUGGAGCUAACUUCGUUGUUUGAGAAGACGCAGCAACAACAAACAGUGGAGUUGCCAGAGGUUCAAAGGGUACUUGAGCGGUAUUCGGUGUUUGAAAUGCCUCAAGGGCUUCCUCCAGUCCGUAACAGUGAACACACAACUACUCUCAAGGAGGGAGCAGGACCAGUCAAUUUACGACCCUACCGCUACUCCUUUGUGCAGAAAAACGAGAUAGAGAAGCUCAUUCAGGAGAUGUUGGCAGCUCAUAUCAUCAAGCCAAGUGUGAGUCCUUAUUCGAGCCCUGUUUUGUUGGUUAAGAAGAAAGAUGGAGGAUGGAGGUUUUGUGUAGACUAUCGGGCAUUAAAAACGGUAACAGUCCUUGACCGCUACCCUAUUUCGGGGAUUGAAGAGCUUCUGGAUGAGUUUAAUGGAGCCGUAUUUUUCUCCAAGCUGGAUCUAAAAUCAGGUUAUCAUCAAAUCCGAGUUAGGAGAUACGAUGUGGAGAAAACUGCCUUCAUAAUGCAUCAGGGACACUAUGAGUUCUUGGUUAUGCCCUUUGGGCUCACCAAUGCUCCAUCAACAUUCCAAAAUGUCAUGAACGAUCUGUUCAGGCCUUACCUACGACGGUUUGUGCUAGUGUUCUUCGAUGACAUACUAGUAUACAGCCCAAGUGUGGAGUCGCAUUUGCAACUAGUUCUCAAACUCUUGCAGCAAAAUCAGUUUUAUGCCAACAAGAAGAAAUGCUCAUUUGGCCAAACCAAAGUCUCGUACUUAGGGCAUGUGAUUUUGCGGGAUGGAGUUGCAGCAGACCCUAAGAACAUUGUUACGAUGGUGGAUUGGCAUGAGCCAAGGUCUGUAACAGAGUUGAGGGGAUUCCUCGGGUUGACAGGAUACUACCGCCGUAAGGAGUUUACUAUUGAAACUAAUGCUUCCGGGGCUGGAAUUGGAGCUGUUCUAUCUCAAGACUGGCGACCAGUAGCAUUUAUCAGCCAAGCCUUCUCCUCACAGGGGCGUAUUAAGUCGGUUUACGAGAGAGAGUUGCUGGUGAUCGUUAAGGCAGUGACAAAGUGGAAACAUUACCUCAUAGGGGAGGAGUUUGUCAUCAAGACAGAUCAGAAGAGCUUAAGACACCUCUUAGAUCAGAAGGCGAUUUCAACGGUUCAACAGAGGUGGGCAGCCAAACUGAUUGGUCUAAACUACAAAAUAGAAUAUAAACCGAGGGUGCAAAACAGGGUGGCAAACGCUCUCUCUAGGCGACCUCUGACAGAAACCUUGUUCCAACUGACACUGGUGGCUCCUUUGACGAUUGAUCUGAAGGAGUUGAAGGAACAGGUUUCCAAGGAUAUGGAACUGGGAGAAAUACUCAAGGAGCUGAAACGAGGGGAAAAGGUGAAGGGUGGUUACAGUCUGGAGAAGGAGAUGUUAUUGAAGGAAGGACGACUGGUAGUACCCUGCAGAUCUCUUUUUAUUCCACGGCUCUUAGAGCAGUUUCAUUCAAGUGUUACUGGGGAACAUGAAGGAGCGUUUAAGACUUACAAGCGUCUUAUCCAGGAGAUUUACUGGAGAGGAAUGCAGAAAGAUGUCGUGGAGUUCAUUGUCAAAUGUCAGGUGAGUCAGGAGAACAAGUACUCCACUCUAUCUCCCGCGGGAUUGCUGGCUCCCCUGACCAUUCCAAAACAGAUUUGGACUGACAUAAGUCUAGAUUUUGUCGAAGGAUUGCCUAAGUCAAAGGGAUUCAACGUCAUAUUGGUAGUAGUGGAUCGGCUUUCCAAGAGACCUACCUCGUGGGCACAAUGGCUACCUUGGGCGAAAUAUUGGUAUAAUACCUCUUACCAUUCUUCUAUCAGGAACACGCCUUUCUUUGCUGUUUAUGGCAGGGAACCACCAAAGUUGCUACGAUACGGGGAUGUUCCGACCCAAAAUGCUCAUGUGGAGGAGUUGUUGAAGGAUCGAGAUAGCCUGCUAGUCGAGUUGAGGGAAAAUUUGGAGUUGACACAACUGAAGAUGCAGAAGGAAGCAAAUAAACAACGCCGGAACGUGCAGUUUCAGAUUGGAGAUUGGGUCUAUCUCAAGUUUAGACCUUAUCGCCAACAUUCACUGUUGAAGGGCGCAGUUCCAAACACUCACACAGCUCGAGAGAUCCCUCCCAUCCUCACACCUUCGCUGGAAUGGGCUACAGAACCUGAGACCCUCAAGGAUAUUCGCAAAAGCACUGAUGAGAAGGAGAUUACUGAGGUUUUGGUGAAGUGGAAGGGAUUACCGGAGUCAGAAUCUACGUGGGAGCCUUUGUCCUUGAUCGUGCAACAGUUUCCAGAUUUUAACCUUGAGGACAAGGUUAGUUCACUUCGAGAGAGUAUUGAUAGGUUGAGAAUCCCCUUGGCAUUCAUGAGAAAGAAAGUGAGGACAAGUGGAAGAAAAGCAAGGAAGUGGGAGAAGAAGCAAAGUGGCUAA